AUGGCGCGUGAUCUAAAAAUUUGCUAUAAUCACAAAGCGUCGACGUUGCCGCGCACGGCGAACUUGGCGAACGGAACGACUCCGGCCUUCUCUUGGCUCCCCUGCCGCAUCCCUCGCUCUAAGUCCACCACCAACGUCGCACCCGCGUCCGAUGCCGCGUUCAGCUACCCCUCCAAGGAUAAUCGCGAGUUUGGGGGGCUCAUCUUCGCUCCUCCGCCGCCGUCAUCAUCAGCCCAUACGACGAGAACCGCGGGUGUGGAAACCGUCCUCUCCGCUGGGCGGCCGCUACCGCUGUUUCCGGUCCACCUCCAAGAUCCGUCCCGCCAACGCGCCUUCAAGGAGAACCGCGAGGACCACCCCACCCCUUUGAGGAAUCCGGAAAUCCCCUCGCAAACGCCUCCGCGGUCAUCCACCGCCCCACCGGCCACGGGGAGACGAUCGAAAGAUGGCGGGACAUCGGCGUGGGCGCGAUCCCCAGGCCGAUCGCCUCCGCCCUCCGCAUCCUCCUCCGGCGCAAGAAAGGCCAGCUACGGAUUCUUGGAGGGAUCGCUUCGGUGCAGGACGGAGCCCUCUUCGGGGGAAGAAGAGAAGCACCAGCUAAGGAUGCUGAAUUCGUGGUUGCUACUGUGGCGGUUCACCAACGUCCGGGGCGUGGCGGACGCACAGGUUCAACUGCUAUGUCAAUGGGAACCACAUGCCAAGAGACACUUUGAAGCCGUGGCCACAUUAGGGAGGUUUCUGGGAGCUGUCUAUCUCUUGCUUCCCUUGGUUGAAGGUGCCAAGUUCAUCGAUAUAUUGGAGCUGCAUUGAACAUCAUGAAAGGCAUUGCGGAUAUAGAUGGGAAGCUCUACUCCAUGUGAGCCCCAGCGACAGUGUUCUGUGUCCAGACAACCGAGCUGCACGGCUGCACUUGUCACGGUUCUGGGAGCAAAUAUGUCACCCUAAUUACUGGGAAGAAACAAGCAAAAUGUCUACUUUUCUACUAGUAUUUGAAGAACUCCUUUUGUAGAUGAGCUACUAACAGAUCUAUUUUUGGCAGAUGAACGAAGCAAGCGUUAAGAGGACGACUGAUUCAAACUAUGACAGAGGAUUGCCGUGAGUCUUCCGCCAUGAGUUGGCAUAAAAACGAAUGCACUCAGACCAUUACAAGUAGUUGCACAUUUGCUCUCAUGAAAUCACAUAUUAGACCAGGUGGUGGGAUUAUAGUGCGAGCAUCGAGAUCAUAUUAAAGGUCUCCUCGCUGGUCCGCGUCGCCCCGAGGCGUGCGGCAUCGCCGCCGGCGACGGCUCUCUCGUGGAGCAACCGGAGGGCCCGCUCCCACCUCCCGCGUCCCCCAUGCGACGCGGCGGCCUCGUUGCGGCAGAUGCGGGCGAGGCGGAAGACGAAGAGGCGGAGGGCGAGGAGGAGGUCGGCGGCGCCGGAGGAAGGGAGGCAGGUGGCGGCGAAGGGGAGCUUGAGGGCGAAGGGGCAGAGGAGGGAGAGGAGGAGCUUCCAGUGGCCGUGGCCGCCCCCUGCGAGUAACUGCAGCUUGCCUAGUACUACCAUGUGGAAAACCAUCGCUGCACUCUGCAGCAGCAGUGCCCGUCGCACUCUCUGCGUGCUGCCUUGGUUGGCCACACUACUGAAGGACGCAGCGGAUGCUUGCGUCUCGAUGUGGGACUACCAUGAUGCCGCCUGCUACUACUAGUGGCGAACGCAUAAGAUGCCCUUUUUCCAACAUUGCCGCACCAUCACCCGGUUCAACAUCCCGGUCCAUGCGGGAUACUUUAAUCAUUCUACGCAAGCAUGGGUCCGGUUCAAACUCUCUACUGUCCCUUGAGGUGGACGAGUUCUUCCGGCCACGUCAUCUUUUCCACCAUUCGCCGUUCAACACGUCAUUGACCGAGGCGGGCCCAGCCGUUUGGCUUUCUGCAAGCUGACAUCUGGUCCGCGACAUUGUCCGACGCGCGGAAACGCUCAUAUACGUCCAAAACAAGAUAUGAAGGUGACGCGGUCAUCUCUGCUUAGGAUGUCCAAUGAUCGUGUCGAACAACUCCUCGUCCAGAAUGUGACUUGCUCGCCCUAUUCCAACAACUCCUCGUCCCAUCCAUAAUGUGACAUCUCUCCUUGACUCGGAAGUGAGUUGUACUCCCUCGUUGAUCUAUGGUCUUAGGCAUGACGCUUGUGGAAUCCUUGGUACAUCUGUCUCGUUCCUUUCUUGGUUUUGAUGUGGAGAGAUCUACUAGCAAUCAAUGCAAGAUCAACACCAUUAAAUGAGA